AUGGAAAUGAUAUCAUCAAUAGUGGAUUCAAUUAUUCAGAGAUCUAUUGACUGUGUACAAAAGUUGAAUGUUGAUUCAUCGAAAGUUAACGUGAAUCAUGAAAAUUUUGAAAAUACUCAACAACAUGGUACCAGAAUAGGUCAAGAGAAAUCAGAUGAAUCUCCACAAGUGAUACGUAAUCUAAUAACAUCAAUAAUACAGUCAUCAUUAUAUCGUGUCUAUGAAAAAGAUCUACUACUUAAUAAACUAGAUAUCAAACCUGGGAAUUCUGAAAGUUCGUAUCAAAUCAACCCAACUGAUUAUAAUUAUUAUGAUUUGGAAAAAUUAUAUCCCAAUGAAAGUUCAUAUGAAAUCCUUGAUGAAAUUAUUUUAUCAGACAAUCCUUUACCAUUACCUAAUAUACAAUGGCCUACUAUUGAAGAAUUUACACCAAAAUUAGGACUCGAAAAAAUUGAAAAAUAUAUAAAGAGUUGGGAAAUAAGUGAUAAAUGGCUUUACUGUAUUGACAUUUUGCCAAUCGUAGAACUAAAGAAUGAAACGCUUCAUAAAUAUCGAGUGAAAUUGAGUAUACCAUCUAGGCGUUCACCCAUACCAAAAUCUACAGUGUCGGUUUACUUCACUCUACGAAUAUCUCGAAUAAAGCCAAAGAGUUCAACUAUCCUUGUAUAUUAUCAAGUCGAAACAUUCCGUUCAAUACAAAUUCCAGGGAAGAGCAGAUUUUCCGAGAGAUGGUUAACGGAUGUUAUCAAUAGCAAAAUACGAUUAAUGUCCUAUGUCACUUUCUAA